GUAUGCGUUUGUCCCUAGGCGCGCAUUUUGCCGUGUGUGUGGCGAUUCCUUCAAAUCAACGUCUCCUUUCUUGACGAAGCCGUGCGUGCCGUGCGUUGUGCAUAAGUUUUCCUCCUGCGUCUCCUUGGAUGUUGCCGGGUCUCCUGGAAAUUCAUCCACAGCUGGAAACCAAUAUUGUGCUUCAUCCCAGACCACAGCUUAUCUCCACAUCAAAGCCUUUACAUCUCCAGUCUCACUCACGUUCGCUCUGAACAGAAAAAAAAAAAAGAACAGUUGCUGCACUUCACAAGUGAAAAAGCCGGCAGCAUCUGUAGCAGCAAAACGGUGCCUAAUUUCCCGUUGACUGUGACACCAUGUGAGCACACGAGGCGCGCUCAUGACACUAGCUUGCACUUGCUGGCUCGUGUCUCAGCAGAGGAACGCGAGCGAAGGGGAACAUCUGCUGCUGCGCUACUUCGCGAGGGGAGAGUGCAUUGCUACGACAACACAUCACCUUCCCUCUCGCAAGCCUGUGUUACCACCUGUUCCUUGUCUACUCAAGCUCUUGUGUGUGUUCUAACUGCGCCUCGGUAAGGCUAAAUCAAUAUAUGCCAAGCGUCUUAACGUGCCCGCUUGCCUGCGAGGAGUUCAUAUCUCGGCCUGCUCAGUGGCGUUCAGUUGGACAUUAAAGUAUUCACAACUCAUAAGAAGUGCUUAGGUGUCCUCGGAUUUUCUUCGUACUUAAUGCACAAACUUUGAAGUCAUUUUCCAUGGCGAAAUUAGUUAAAUAUCAUCGUCCCUUGUCUGCUGUCCGUCCUUUGUGUGAGCCUUAUACAUCUUCGCAGCCACUCCUGUCAUGCACAGUAAUUUGUGUACUUGUGCUUGAUUCUUCCAUGGCAUAUGAUUAAUUAAUGCAUUUUAUUUGCAUGAUCCAACUAAACAUGAUCUCAAAAAGCUUCACUUGACUGCUCACUUGUCCCUGUGGCUACAUUGUGUGGAUGUACUAUCACCAUCAAAUGAAAUGCAAACAGCACAGUGCGUGCCUGUAGCAUCACUGAAUGUAUAGUGCACACACUUCAAUCAUCACCCUCACAGGCAUGCACAUCUGGUUUCACAACACUGUGCAAUGAUGUUCGCCCUAUACUGAGAUAUUUUUCUUUCUGUUUUGCUUCUUGUUUUCUUAGAUUUUUGGGUUUUUUUUGCUUUGAAAUAAAAGGAAAGCAUAACAGAAAGAAAAUUUGACUGCAUUCAAUGUGUUAGAAAAUGUUCACUUCAAUUUUUUUUCUCACACUUGAAUCAAAAGCAGUGUGGCAACACUGAGUCUUGAUGAAAUGAAUUGGCAGCCUCGGAAACUGUUCCCACUGGUAAUCGAAGCUGAUCUUGAAGGCCAUGCUUUGGUCUACUGCAAAAACUGGAACUGAUUUCAGGAGCUGGGAAAUACGUUAUGGCCCUCAUUCAUUGUUUUGCUUUUGCAUCUUGGCAGUUUGCUGCUGCUAUUUAUAGCACAAGUGAAGGAAUUGUAGCACAAGUAACACUGACACCUGUGCUGCCCUUUUUGGUGCCAGAGUGUGUGAAGGAAGGCUGCUAUCUGGUCUUGAAAUCCAUCGAAGCAGCCUUAUUCCCAGACAUCACACAGCCUUGCCAAAAUGGCGGUUGGCAUGAAGGGUCUAGAGGCAGCGACUUCAAAUAGAAUUUUCGACUUGUCGUACCAGAAAUGGUUUUAUUUCCAACAAACUUUGUUGGCUGUCCUCCAGGCGAAAAGCUGCAACAUACAGCUUUAAUGUGCCUGAAGGCCCUCGCAUGGCAGCAGUAAGUCUCCUAUCGGCAAACAUAUAACAUACGAAACAUUAAUCUAUUAGGAUAUACAUUUACAAUGUAGCAAAAGAAAUGUGUGAAAUCUAAAGAAACAUUCAUCUUUUCAGAUAAUUAUAUAGUAUUUAUAAAAUAAAUUCUUAAUGUGCAACAAAGCCAAGAUGCAUAUUAUAUGUAUUAUAUGUCCCAAAAUAUCACAUUUCAAAAAUAAGCACUACAGACAAUAUGUCUAGUAUGUACACUUGCCCACAAAAUAUUACAGGGUGUGCGAGCGUGUGGCAAAACGACCCUUCUCCCCUUCUAGCUGUGCACCCAUGGUAUCGAGUUUGCACGCAUGCGCAUCCCUCCGAGAUUGCAAGCGUGCAUGUUUCUGCACUUCCUCCUUGUGCGCUGGCAAUAUCCGAAUGUAGCCGUGAGGUGCCUCUCUUGCGAUGGGCGCAAAACUAUGUGAAGCCUGAGCUUGCGCGUGCCGCUGCGGCUGCUUUUUGUCGAGUCACGAGCGCCGACGCAUAUGGCCCGGUGGCGAACCCAACAAGUAAUUUUUUUUUGAGCUGCACCAUUUCGUGUCCAAUCUUUGUUGUUUCUUUUUAUGAAUGGGGCAUUCUCCCACAGAAGAGCGUGUCAGAAAAUGCCCCUAUAGAAGGAGACAGUGUCAACUCCCAUUGAAGACCAGCAGUUAGGACACAGAGACAGAGAAGCUGCCGGAUGGAUCUGGGACAGCGACGCUGGCCUGUACUUUCCUAUCGUCUCCAUUAUCCAUGGCAACCUGGUAUGAAGAGCAUGUGUUAGCCAUUUAUGCUUGAACUACUUUUUCCUGGAAACAGUUAACAAAAUGUUUUGCAUGGAACAAAGAAGGUAUGUUCACCUGCACAAGUAUUGGCUCAUAGGGAAGGCUGGCACAUAGGCUGGAGGGAUCAAGGUCGGGCAUGUUGAUCUGGACUGCACUUUUAACUCGAAGUCUAUGGCAGCCUGAAAGCAAGAGUGCUUAUGCUAAUUUUCUGUUUGCCCUACGACAUAGAAUACACUGCCUACUUAAAGUACUCGGUAGAGCUGUUGAACAAGUCCAUCUCAGGAGGAAUUGUAGAAGCCCGGUAACCAGGGAAAGUUGGUAUUAUUUCACUGACUGACUGACUGAAUAAACUUUAUUGAAACCAGCAAGAGAUGGUGACUGGGCCUAGGCCUCCCACGUGGGGACGUCGAGGUGUUGCCUCUUCGCCGCCUCGCAGGCCUGCUGGGUCGCCCAGAGUUGGUCGUCAAGGUUGGGGCUACGCAGGGCAGCGUGCCAUCUCGACGAGAGGGUCGUGGGGUUAGUGUCGGGGUAUUGGUGCCUACAGUCCCAAAGCAUGUGUGGAAGUGUGGCUGGCUGUGUCUUGCAGAUAUGGCACGUGGGAUUGGGGUAAAUGUCUGGGUAAAUCUUGUUAUAAAGUUGUAAUGAGGGGUAAGUAUUGGUUUGUAGCAGGCGGAAAGUUGUAGCCUGCGCUCGGGAUAGUUUGUUGUGUGGGCCGGGGAAGGUUCUACGCUCUAAGUAGAAGGACUUCACAAGAUCAUUGUAGCGUGUCAGGCGAUCCCUACCGGUGGGGGCAGCCUCCCCUUCUCCCGCGCAGUCAACUAGGCCUCGCGCUAGGGAGUGGGUAACCUCGUUGAGGUUGGGGAGGUGCGGGUGGACGGUGCCUGCAUGAGCCGGGAACCAGACGAGUGUAACCUGAUGGUCGGUUGAGCGGGGCUCUUGUUGCAAGAUGCGCAAGGCUUGGUGUGAAAUACGGCCGUUGAUAUAGUUGAUAACGGCGGAGCGGGAGUCAGAGACGAUGGUAUGGCAUGUUGGGUCUAGGGUGGCUAGCGCGAUGGCCACUUCUUCAGCUUCCUCAGCGUGUGGGGUUACUAGGCUGAUAGCAUGUUGGAGAGACCCUUCACGCGUGGUGACGGCUGCAAAGCGGGUACUGUGGGGAUAUUCGGCAGCGUCGACGAAACUCACACCGUCGUGGCGAGUAAGCGAUUUGGUGAGAACCGUGGCACGUGCUGUGCGACGUGCGUGGUUGUAUUUGGGGUGCAUGUUUCUGGGGAUAGGAUCGGUGUGAAUCCAAGCUCGUAUGGUGGAGGGGAUCUAGUGCUUAUGGCCGUGUUGAUGGUGGUAGGUGAUGCCGUGCGAGGUGAGGAUAUGGCGACCCGUGGCUGUGAGAGUGAGUCUCUCCAGCUGAGAGCGACGUUGGGCCUCGAUGAGCUCGUCCAGUGUGUUAUGGACGCCUAGUUGAAGGAGGAGGUCAGUGCUGGUGCAACCGGGGAGGCCGAGGGCUUGUUUAUAGACACCGCGUAGGAGGAUGUUGAGCUUGGUUUGUUCAGCCUUGUACCAGUUUAGAUACGCAGCAACGUAGGUGAUGUGGCAAAUUACGAAAGACUGGAUUAACCGGAGCAGAUUCUCCUCUUUCAUACCCCCACGGCGGUUGGAGACCCGCUUCAAAAGUCUCAUGGUGUUGGCUGUAUUUCUCUUGAUUUUGGCGAGGGCCAUGCCAUUCGCUCCGUUCGCCGCUAUGAACAAGCCGAGCACACGGAUAUUGGUGACGAGGGGUAUGGGGCUGCCAUGCGUGAGAUGAAGCGCAAUGUCUUCGUAAUGGCGUUUAGCGGUGGAGUAUUUUGGACGGCGGCCACGGAGAGUAGGCCUGUAGAGAAGGAGUUCGGACUUUGCAGGGGAGCAGCGAAGCCCCGUGCCUUGGAUAUAGGUCUCGACUGUUUCAAUGGCGGAUUGUAGUGCCGUUUCUAUUUCGCCGUCACUGCCUUUGUGGGCCCAGAUGGUUAUAUCGUCAGCGUAUAUGGUGUGGGUGACACCGUCCACUUGCUGCAACUCCUUGGCAAGAUCGAUCAUGACAAGAUUAAAAAGCAUUGGGGAGAUAACGGAGCCCUGGGGGGUUCCCGCGCUGCCCAAAGUCUGGGCGUCGGAGCGGAGAUCCCCCACCGAAAGGAAGGCCGUGCGAUUAGAGAGAAAGUCUCUGACGUAAUUAUAAGCGCGCGCACCGAUAUUAAGGCGUGAGAUGCGGUCAAGAAUGGUGGAAUGGGCUAUGCUGUCAAAUGCUUUUUCGAGGUCGAGGCCGAGUAUAGCUUUAGUACUACGUGUUCUAUCUUCUAGUAUAUGGUGCUUAAGUUGUAGCAUGACGUCUUGGGUCGACAGGUGGGCCCGGAAACCAAUGACAGAGUGAGGAUACGCUGCAGUGUCUUCCAGAUGGGUGUUGAUUCGCGUGAGGAAGGCAUGCUCCAUAACCUUUCCCACGCAUGAGGUUAGUGAGAUGGGACGAAGAUGAUCGAGGCUAGAAGGUUUGCCAGGUUUGGGAAUAAGGAUGACCUUUGCUGUUUUCCAGGCCGGCGGAAUGGCACCAUUACGCCAGCAGUCAUUGAUAUAAUCUGUCAGGUGGGUGAUGGAGGCAUCAUCCAGAUUACGGAGGGCUUUGUUAGUGACCCCAUCGGGCCCAGGGGCAGAACGGCUGUUUAAUUUAUGCAGGGUGGCUUGGAUCUCAGCGACACUAAAGUCUUCGUCCAGUGGGGGGUUGGGGGCCCCGGUGUAGGAGCCGUGAGAUUGCACUGGGCCCACGGGGAGAUACUUGUUGGUGAGGUAGUCUAAGACUUGGGCGCGGCCGUUUCUUCCUUUCUGUAUAGAGAAGUUUAGUGAGGCGAUCUUGUUGGGAAGAGCGGGUGGCUUGGCUAUCGAGGAGGUGUUUGAGAAGCUUCCAAGAAGAGGGACAAUGGAUCUGUCCGUCAGCAGUAUUGCACAGUUCAGUCCACUGCUGACGGCUCAGAGUGAGGCAAUGGGCUUCGAUUUCCUUAUUGAGGAGGGCUAUUUUAGCGCGGAGGCGCCUGUUGAGACGUUGCCCUUUCCAGCGGGAUAGGAUGGAUGUUUUAGCCGCGAGGAGAUGGGCCAAUCUACUGUCCAUGCGCUCGACGGGGGCAUCGGUUGUAACGGUGCGCGUGGCUACAUUGGUAUCGGAGUGGAGAUUUCGGGUCCAUGCAUCAAUGUCCUCUAUGCGUUCCGCGUGCUGGUCAGCGGAUCGAUGCUUGCGAAAUGCAUCCCAGUCAACCCAAGUGAACUCACGGGGUUUGGCAGUAACUGCAGCUAUCCGAGGGAUAAGUAUGGCAAUGAUGGAAUGGUCACUACUGAGAUCAUGUUGUGUGUUGCUCCAUUGAGCGUUGGUGACGUUCUUGGUAAAUGUCAGGUCGGGGGUCGUGUCGCGGGAAGUGGAGCUACCGAGGCGUGUGGGGAACGUGGGGUCUGUAAUGAAAGUGAGGCCGAGGUCUUGGGAGUCUUUCCAAAGGUUUUGAGCCGCCGUCGUCGAGUAGCCAUAUCCCCAUACCGUGUGGGGGAGAUUGAAGUCUCCACCGAUAACGAGGGGGUUGGUGCCAGCUACGUUAAGGGCCUUCUGGAAGAGGGUGAGAAAACGGCCUCGAACUUUGGCAGAGGGAUGGCUGUACACGUUAAGGAGAAAAAUACUUUCCUUACAUCUCCUGGUGGGGAUAAGUUCAACGAGAAGGUGUUCGAUGUUUCGGUCGUGGAGAUUGUGUUCGAUGGCGGUGAUUCUCUUGUGGACGAAAGUGCAGAGGCGGCGAGAAGCAUGUAUCGGGAUGAAAGGUUGGUAACCUGGGAGGGUGACCGAAUCGAUAUGGGUUUCCUGAAUCAUGAUGACGUCCGGUUGCCGGGUGAGGGUACGAAGGUGUUGACGGAUGACUGGCUGUUUGCGGAGAUAGCCUCGGCAGUUCCACUGCCAGAUAAGUGUAUCUCUGUUAGUGUGGGCCAUGAUGGGGAUUGGGGGAUGCCGUCAGGGGCAGUGCGGGGGGUUUGGAGGGUAGGAUGAGCGGGCACGGGGAGAGUUUGUACGUGGGUUUCAAUGUUUGUGACGCGCUGUGCCAGUGCGAGAACGGCGUGUUGCAUGGAUUUGACUGCGUUCUGGAGUGCGGUCAUCGUGCUUUGAAGUGAGACUAGCAUGUCCUUAACCUCUGAGCGCACUUGGCUCGUGGCUCCCUCUUGGAGGGCCCGCUUUUUGGGGGCUGGUGUCAGUAGAGCGUCGUGGCUAGAGGAGUGGGACGCUUUGGUGGGUGGUGUAGGAGCAGGUGUCUUGGAUUGUUUAAGAUCGCGAACCUCUUGCGAGAGCUUGUGAAUUAGGUCGCGCAUAAUGGCAUUUUCUUUUUUGAGGUGAGCUAUUUCUGCGUUAUCAUUGGUGCUCGUGGACUGUGGAGAAGGUGUGUUGCGACCCUCUCGCGAGGUGCCCUUAAGGGCUUCUGCGAAGCUCACCUUGUUAGUAGGAGACUUGGCGGGUGGGGUAUAGGUAGAUCUGGAUCGGGAACGGCGCUGUCUCGAACGUGAAGGGGUCCGGGAACAAUGUUGCCUCGAGCGUGAUGGAGUCCGAGAUCUGGAGCGGGGCUUGGAGUUCAAGGGCGGGAAGUCGCUUUCUUGAAGGGUGGCUUGCAUUGCAGCUCGGCGUUCCCCAAUGCGCUUGCGAAUAACGUAUGGUGUCUUGCAGCGAGCCGUACACGAUUUGUCCGCUGUAAGAUGAGGGCCGCCGCACAGUGAGCAUUUGGGGUUACACGUGUGAUCGGGAGGUGGGUUGCGGACUCCACAACCUCUGCAGAUCUUGUUAUUGGGAAAAGGGCAGACAUCCAUGCGAUGUCCGAGGCGGCCGCAUUGGUAGCAAAUUUCUAUUUGCUUGCGGAAUAAUGAGCAUGGGAUUAAGGUAGCUCCGUAACAGACCAGAUAUGGCACGUCGGGGCCACUGAAGGCGAUAACAACGGUGGUUGUUGUUCCAAUGCAUUUUGCGGCUAGUGCGAGGGGGUUGUGGGUAUUGAUGAUAUUGGCGUUGACUUGCUGUGGGGUAUCGGAGAGGGGGAUUCCGCAGAUGACUCCCUUCGUGGUGUCCUCGGCGGCCGUCUCAUACGCGUUAACAUCGUGCGUGACCCCAUUGACUUGAAUUGAUUUUAUGCAGACAUACCGGUCGGCGUUCUGCAGACUUGGCGUACUUACAACGACAAUGUUUUGUUGGGUGUUGGGGCACACCGUGUCUUGCUGAAUAUCUGCUGGGCUGAGCUGUGCGGCUUGGAGAACGGCUGUAGUCACGGUAGGACUACCAAUUUUGGCAAUGUUGAGGGCUCCCUUGGGGCGAAUGAUAAUUUUGAUUUGGUUGGAAGGUAGCGGAGGCAUGCGUCCAGCCUUUAGAACUUGUGCCUUGACUGGUGGCCUGGUCUUGGAACGAGAACGAGUGCUUGAGGUUUGGGUAGAGUCAUUUUGGGGUGAAGAGUCGUCCCUCAGCUUCGCCGGUUGGCGAAGGCGAGUUGUUCGCCAGCCCGUCUCGGCGGCCACUUCGAGCUCCAUGCUCGUUGCUGGGGCAGAGAAACUUGAUCGGCGAUACGGAACUCGCUCGAGUGCGCGCCGCGCAUCCGGUGCGCCCGGCGUGCACGCGCGGCGGCGGCGUGGGCGAUUCACAAAAACGUUCGCAGCACAGGAAAAUGUCCGUAGCACAGGGAAAUCGAGUGUUCCACCUGAAAAUGAGGCGUCUACGGAGUCCUGGUAUCUUCACGGAUCGACUGGUGUAAAAAUUAGGCCACAAUUCGCAAGAAAAUGCUGCAAAAUCAUUUCACGAACACAGAGCCGACGCGAGCACGUCUACACUCCUCGGCGAUCGCAGCGCCUCCCCUGAUUUCACUGAGAGGGAAAAUUAAUUUGCACCCAUUCAAAUCUGAACUACUGGAGGCACCAGCACCUAAGCCAGAGAACCAGGGCUAGAGAGGCUAGCCAAGACUGCUUUCAUCAAAACUCGUAGUAACAUGAUGGGAAGACGUCUGCCAGCCAAUAACCGC